AUGAUAAGAUUUGACAGUAUGGACGAAGAAUUGGACAUUGAUGAGGGUGUGCAAGUGCAACGUCAGAACAAAGAUGAUGGAUAUUCACUAAAUCCUGAAUUGUCCAAAAUAUUAAAACCCCAAGAAUAUGAUGAGAACCCACAAGAUAAGAAUUUGGUUGAAGCAAGGGAACAUUUGCAUCCAAGUCUAUUUUCUGAUGAUGCUGGUGUCAUGGUUGAAGAAUUAAUGGUGAAAAGUUACAAUGGUUCUACCCUAGAUAUUGGUACUUUGAACAAUCGAGGGCCGUUGCAGAACAGCCGGAGUCCAUGGCGGCAUAUUUAUCAGCCGGUUGCUGAUUUGCCUGUGGGAAGGGAUUGUAUUGUAGCUAGAAGGAGUGUUCAAGCUACAUUUAGUGCUUGGGAGGAUACUGGGUCCAUGUCUUCCCGAGAGAUAUUAGCUACAACAUCAGUCAAUUAUGAUCAGGGCAAUGUCAUGCGGCAUUUGUCCGCUGAUGAACAUACAGAUGAACAUAAGAAUGAUGAAGGUGGUGCUCUCGAAGGAAUACAAGCAAAAAUUAUACACAAAUCAGGAUUUGCAGAGUAUUUUAGUAGAAGUACAUUGAAGGGAAAGGGUAUUGUUUGUAAAGGUCCAUCUUCCAAUGGUCUAUAUGUUGAGUCCAGAGAUCAGAACAUGAUGAAGUUUGGAAUUGAUAUUCAGAUGGAUUCUAAUGCAAUGAUGAACUCCGGUUUAAAGAUUGCAAAGUCUCCCAAUAAAGUUACAGUGCCAGGAUCCGAUGGGUCUGACACUGAUGGGGUGACUUUGAGAGAAUGGUUGAAAUGUAGGCAGCACAAACGGAGCAAAACAGAGCAUUUAAGUAUAUUUAGAAAAAUUGUGGAGAUGGUUGGUGGCUCUCACUCUCAAGGAGUUGCACUGCACAAUCUGUACCCGUCUUAUAUAAAAUUGUUACCAUUCACCAAUGUCAUGUACCAAGGGUUGCCAACUCAGAAGCAGAAAUUAGAUAGUGCUGCAAAUUCUGAAGUUCUUCAGCUAGAGAAUUCUUUUGCUAGAAAAAGGCUGUCAGAGAAGAUAAAAUCUCCGUCUCUUAAUUUGUGGUCGAAGAAACAGAAAUUCAAUGAAAAUGUUAGAGUUGCUGGUGAUCGGACUCAAUGCCCUCCUAGGACUGACUUAUAUCCUCAAAUUGCCAAUGAUAUCAAAGUCAAUGUAGUGGUAUCACAAGAUUAUUGCAAUGAAUACCCGGAAGAUAUCCAAUUUUCUAAGCACAAUAUUUGGAGAAUGUCUCGCAACCCUCACAUAUCUAAUGCAGGUCAAUUGCCAUUGACUUCUGUAAAUGAAAGAUUGGAAGAUGAAUGGUAUUCAAGUCCGGAGGGUGGUUGCACAAUAUCAGCAAAUAUCUACUGUCUGGGAGUCCUUUUUUUUGAGUGCAAUUGUAGGAAACAUACUGGGUCUGUAUUUGGGGGGCAGGGUGGGGGUAUGUCUUCCCUUCUUUUGAAACUUAACUUACAAACAUCGUUGCUAUGGGACAUUGGCACUCUUACAAACCAAGAGAUGUUUCUGGACCUAAAAGCACAUACUGCUGCAAUGUCCGCUCUUCGUGGUAGGAUUCUUCCUUCAGUUUUCCUAUCAGAGUAUCCUAAGGAAGCUGGAUUUUGCCUUUGGAUGCUGCAUCCCGAACCAUCAUCACGUCCAACAAUAAGGCAGUUAAGGAGGGAAGAGGAAGCAAUGAAUUGGUCUGUUGUGCAGCCUGAGAGUGGAGAGGCCGAUAAGAAGAUCCUUAACACAUACAUGCAAGGAGUAGGGGAUAUAGAUAUAAGGGAGAUCUUACAAUCUGAAGUGAUUAAUGGAAAGCAGGAGGUGGACUGUGAGGAAUUAUUAUCAAGUCUUAACCAAUAUGAUGGAGAAUCAGAAUUGCUAUCGCAUUUCCUCAUCGCACUAAAAGAGCAGAAACACGUGGACGCCAAUAAAUUGGCUGAAGAAAUCAGAUGGAUGGAAUCAGAUAUAGAAGAGGUGGAGAGGAGACAUGCCUCGAGAGUAUCCUUGCCUCCCUCAAGCUUGGAGAACAACGCCUCUUGUCAUAUAGAGAGUGUAUCUCUUCUCAAAGAAUCUUCAGGUGCAGAAAUAUUACCACCAGUAUACACAAUUUCUAAAGCAAAUGAACUGAGACUGAAGAAAAAUAUGUGCCUACUUGAAAAUGCUUACAUUUCUAUGAGAUCUACAAUGAAGCUUCCUGGAUCAGAAACUACAACUCGCCCAGAUAAAGAUGUACUGAGAAAUUCUGACAACUGCUGUGUAGCUCAAAAAGACAUGGAAAAACAUAAAAGGACAGAUACUGUAGGAGCUUUCUUUGACGGUUUGUGCAAGUAUGCCCGUUAUAGCAAGUUUGAAGUGCGGGGCAUGCUAAGAACUGCUGAUUUUAACAAUCCUGUAAAUGUAAUCUGCUCUCUGAGUUUCGAUAGAGAUGGAGACUACUUUGCUGCUGCUGGGAUAUCAAAGAAAAUAAAAAUUUUUCAGUUCAAUGCACUUUUUAAUCACUCUGUCGACAUCCAUUAUCCUUUAGUUGAGAUGUCAAACAGAUCAAGGCUCAGUUGUGUUUGCUGGAAUAGCUACGUCCAGAACUGUCUUGCCACCACAGACUAUGAUGGUGUAGUUAAGCAUCCUAGAAUGCAGCUAUGGGAUGCUAAUACAGGUCAAGGGUUUUCUCGAUUCACCGAACAUGAAAAGAGGGCUUGGUCUGUUGAUUUCUCUCUGGUAUGCCCUACUAAAUUUGCCAGUGGGAGUGAUGAUUGUUCUUUGAAACUGUGGAGUAUCAACGAGUUCUCUGCUCAUUCAUCUCAUUUGCUGGCCUUUGGAUCUGCGGAUAACUCGACUUAUUGCUAUGAUCUUCGCUUUCUUAGAAACCCUUGGUGUGUGCUGGGUGGCCAUCGUAAAUCUGUAAGUUUUGUCAAAUUCUUGGACUCUGAGACAUUAGUUUCUGCAUCAACUGAUAGUACCUUGAAGAUUUGGGAUCUCAAUAAAACCUCUCCAGUGGGUCGAUCGACUGGUGCUUGCAGUUUAACUCUAUCAGGACAUACUAAUGAGAAGAAUUUUGUGGGUUUAUCAGUUGCUGAUGGAUAUAUAACAUGUGGUUCAGAAACAAAUGAGGUCUAUGCCUACUAUAAAUCUCUUCCCAUGCCAGUCAUUUCCCACAAGUUUGGGUCCAUUGAUCCUGUCUCCGGUAAAGAGACUGAUGAUCACAAUGGUCAAUUUGUUUCAAGUGUGUGCUGGAGAGGGAAAUCAGACAUGCUUAUUGCAGCUAAUACAAGUGGAUGUAUAAAAGUUCUACAGAUGGUUUGA